GUAUACUCGCCACACACACGCAACCAUCAUUUACACAGCUACUUGCUUAGAGCACGACUGCUGUGCGCUGCAGAGAAAUGCUGCCUCUGCGGGUCACCGAGGGCGUGGCCACAUUGUUAGAGGAGGCUGCUAGCUGUUCCAGCCUACCAAAUGACGUGCGCGAGGAUGCACAAAAGCUGCAUGGAGCUGAGCAGAUCGACUGGAGCAGUCUUAAAGCGGUGGCAGAUGCAUACAGGGCAGCAAACCCCGGCAAGCCCGUGUAUCUGCAUAAGAUAUGUUCGCAGCGGGACGUAAUCCUGCCGUCGCCGCCGGUCAAAGAGAAGAGCCCAGAACUGGUCGCCAGGUUGGCGAAGCUGCAGGCGGAGCUGGACAACAAGCGCUAUGACGCGAUGGUUGCGGACGUGACGUCGGCGGAGCGCAAGGCGGACGAGAUGCGCGGCGUGCUGCCCAACGCGCGGCUGCAGCUGUCGUUUGGCGCGCACGUGCUCGUGACCAUGUUCACCUUCUGGGCCACUGCCUUUUACGGCACCAAGAUCUGGUUCGGCUGGGACCCGCUCUGGUCGGGCAUGGCGGGCGCGGUGGGGCUCACGUGCGGCCUGCUCAUUGAGACUGUGCUGCUCAUCAUCCGCACCAACCGCUUCACCAGCCUUGAGGACAGGAUGCCUGAACUGUUUGACAAGGACAAAGUGCGGGAGGCGUACGCUAAGCUCAAAGAGAUCAAGCAGCGCGAGGCUGAGCGGAAGAAGGCGCAGCCGCGGGAGCAGAAGCACGCGAAGCGACAGGAGGCGGCGGAGGGGGAGAAGGCGGCGUCCGGGGAAAGCAAGAAGUCGAAGUGAGCGGGCAAAGAGGUGGAUAGGGCAGGCUGUUAUGGGGAGCUGUGGCCAUGGUGGCUGUGUUGGGGGAUGAGGGGAGGUGAGCGAGAGGGACCCACGGUGACGCAGCGUGGUCUCCACGGCAGGGUGCUCCCGUCCUUGCCGACUGUAAAGCCCUGCUGAC